AGGGGGAGAGGGGGAGGGAGGGAGAUGUGACGUUACGUGGCGUGACCUGGAACCCACAGGAAUGUUGUGUAUCUUUUGCCAUGACCGAGCACAGUACACAUGCAAAUGCUGAAAUGCCCCCCCCCCCCAAACCGAAGUUCAGCCAGAAACUUGACAUGAUGAUGAUGAUGAUGACGACAACGACCCUGAUAUUGUAGAGGUUCAGAACUUGGAUAUUGAUAUGUUUAAUAGCUCUGUGUAUGUGUAUGCUCGUAAACGCACCAUGCAGAAAAAACUUUAGAACAGUGAGAUGUGACCUAUAUUGUGAUUAGUGGUCACUUCCACCAUUGCAGUCUUCAGCAUUCAGCCAUGUUGGUGUGUACCUAAAAACUUGCUUGACCAGCGUGUGUAUUAUCAUUGUGUGUUCUUUUUGGCACUCCUCCCAGUUCCUUUUCCCCUGCAGCCAUUUCACAGAUGAUUAGGAAACUGAUCUAAACCAAAUGUGCACAGUAAAUGCACAUAGAUGCGUCUCUCCUAGCUAUGUGACUAAUGGAAAUGAGCAGCAGAGCUUAUGGAAAGAAAGCCCGGGGUUUGAUUCAACAGGAACAUUUCUGAGAAGCAUCUGAGAUAAGGUUCUGAAGAGGCUAAACAUCUAAACAUAAUUAUUCAGAAUUAUACCUUUUUUGCAGGUUAUCCAUCAAGUAAAAGUAAUAAACAGGUGAAGGUGUAUAUUGCUGUUUGUUUAAUGGAGAUACAAGUGUUGCUCUUUUCCACAGGUUUGCACUCGGAAGAGGAAAGACCAAUGACCAUACAGUCAUGUGAAAAAAUAAGUACACCCCAUGGAAAUUGUUGGCUUUUUUUUGACAUAUUUGGAGAAACAAACAUUUGAUCCUGUUUGAAACAGUGCCUAUUAAUAAAGUUGAUACACUCUAUCAAAUAACGCACACAGUUGCCAUUUUGUAGUAAUUUUCACAAUUUGAAAAGUAAGUAUACCCCUACAUUUAUGACACCUUCAAAUACAUAAAAUUAGAAUCAGGUGUUCAAGAUUGGGUGUCAGUGAUUAGAACCUGCUUAGGGAGUGCAGGUGGAACGUGUCUUAUUUAUACCCCCUCUCAUAUCUAGUGUCUGGUGUUCCCUUUGCUACUGAGGUGUGUGGUGUCAUCAUGGCAAGAUCUAAAGAGUUGGGAGGUGUGCCAGGAAAAAGCCUUUGCAAGACUACAGUUUGCCAAUGAGCAUAUAGGCAAAUACCAGGCCUUUUGGGAUAAUGUGCUCUGGACAGACGAAUCAUAGAGUUGUUUGGCAGAGACCAAAGACAGCUUUUCGGGAGAAGCACCUCGUAACUGUGAAGCACGGUGGUGGAAAUGUUAUGGUUUGGGGAUGUUCGCUGCCUCAGGGACUGGGCAGCUUGCAUUAAUUGAUUCAACUAUGAAUUCUGCAUCAUAUCAAAGAGGGAUGUAUGCGAUAAUGUGAGGCCAUCUAUCCGAAAGUUGGAGUUGAACCGAAAGUGGACCAUUCAACAGGAUAAUGAUCCAAAGCACACUAGCAAAUCCACCAAGGAAUGGCUCAAAAAGAAGAAAUGGAGGGUUAUGGAAUGGCCUAGUCAAAGCCCGUAUUUGAAUACCAUUGAAAUGUUGUGGGGGGAUUUGAAAUGGGCAGUUACAUGCAAGAAAACCAUCAAACAUCUUGCAACUGAAAGAAUAUUGCAUGGAACAGUGGUCAAAAUUUCCAGCAAGCCAAUGUCAGACACUUAUGGACAAUUAUGCAAAAUGCCUACAAGAAGUUAUUCCUGCUAAAGAGGGCAAUACUAUCCUCAGUCCAAGGGUGUACAGUACUUACUUUUUCCUCAGAAGAAUAUCAACAUCUAUUGAAAUUUAUGUUGAACAAAUAAUUGAAAAAGCUGAUUUUCCUUGUGGUUUUGUUCAAGUAUAUGAACUUUAUUAAUAGGCACAGUUUCAAAGAUCAAAUGUUUGCUUGUCCAAAUAUGUCAAAAAAGGCAACAAUUUCCUUAUUUUUUCACAUGACUAUAAAUAUGAAAAAAUGCAACAGUGGUUACAUUGUGAAGCAAAAUGCCUGACAACUUCUAAAACUUUAAUGUCAUUCUACAUUAGGGUGUUAUGCCAUUUAUAAUGUUGUGCACAGAGUCUGCAUGUUCUCCCCGUGUGUGUGUGUGGGGGGGGGGUUUCCUCCGGGUACUCCGGUUUCCUCCCCCAGUCCAAAGGCAUGCGGUGUAGGCUGAUUGGCAUCUCUCAAUUGUCCAUAGUGUAAAUGGGUGUGCCAUUGUGUCCUGCAAUGGUUUGGACCUCGUCCAGGGUGUCCCACACCUUGUGCCCCAAGUUCCCUGGGAUAGGCUCCAGGUUCCCCUGCAACCCUGUGUAGGAUAAGCGGAACAGAAGAUGGAUGGAUGGAUGGAGAACUGACUCCCGCUCGUUAUAUUCUGAGUCUGUUACGUUUAAACAGAUCCAUAAUCUGAACUAACUCUAGCUCAAUCCCAUGCCUCUGCUCAGUUCCUUGUGUCUGGCACAUCAAAAUGUGGGAUCAUGUGUAAUUACUCUAGCUGAGCUGUCUCCUGGACCUUUAAGCUACUGUGAAGGAAAUGGAUGGUUGGAGCUAACUUGAGAAACCCACUAAAGAUGAGAUCUUUCUGUUUUGUUGUCAUGCAGCAGGUUGCCAGGUGUCCUCAUGCUGAAGAGAUGCGCCGCAUGCAGGAGUGUAGGCCUGAAAGGAGCGAGGAGCAGUAAGAGGUGUCAGGAAUGGAUCAGUGUUAUUUUCUGUUUCACGCUCAUGGCCUUUAAUUUCUUUUACCUCCUCGCCCAGUUCCACCUGGGCCAUGUCUGGUACAUCCUUCUGGGAAUUGUGGGAGGAAUCCUUACUGCAGACUUUGCCUCUGGGCUGGUCCAUUGGGGGGCUGACACGUGGGGGUCUGUGGAUCUGCCCAUCGUUGGAAAGGCAUUUAUCCGUCCGUUUCGGGAACAUCAUAUUGAUCCCACAGCCAUCACACGGCACGAUUUCAUAGAGACGAACGGUGAUAACUGCAUGCUGACGAUCAUUCCGUUGGCUAACAUGGCCUACAACUUCCACACUCUAACACCAGUGGAGAUUUAUCAUAUCUUCCCCUGGUAUUGCUACUUGUAUUCUUUGGCCAUCUUUGUGACACUGACUAAUCAGAUCCAUAAGUGGUCUCACACCUAUUAUGGGCUGCCACGCUGGGUCAUGUUCUUGCAGGACUGCCACAUCAUCCUCCCUCGCAAACACCACAGAGUUCAUCAUGUGUCACCUCAUGAGACCUAUUUCUGCAUUACUACAGGCUGGUUGAACUACCCACUGGAGAAGCUUGGCUUCUGGAGGAAUCUGGAGGACCUCAUCCAGAGCCUGACAGGAGAGAAGCCCAGAUCAGAUGACUUGAAAUGGGCCCAAAAAACCCAGUAACAUUCCUCUAGUGCCAGCGUCCCUCUCCUACCUCAUACCUCUGCAAAGAGGUCCAGCCUCCAUCUCCUCCUCAUUCAGCUCCCCAGUGUUCACCCAGCCAGUGGGGCUGAUAAGAAACUGAAUGAUUCAGAUAAUGCAAAAGCUUCCAGCCCACAGAGAGAAGAAAGGAGGAAAGAAGUGGAGAGUGUGUUUGCAAGCAAUACUUCUCUGCACUUCUCAUCCAUCAACAGUUAUCAAAUCUGUUUUUAUACUCAACGGUUUUCUCCCUUUUCCCUGCACAAAGAAGCCAUUUUACCUCUGGCAUAGGGGUAUUAAGCAUAAAAAAAUGCCCUGUAGAAAGCAAAAUGAAAAAUCCACAUUUAAAAAAAAAAAAAUACUUGAACAGUGAGCUGCAGUUCAAACAGAUGCCUUUAAAAAAGCAACAAAAAAAAAACUGCUCACAGAUUUCUGCAAACUGACUAGUCUGAUUAACUGUAUGACGGCUCCUCUCUUAACACUUCAGUCUGCUAGGAGGAAACCACCUCUUUCCUGGCCCAUCUCUCUCUCUCUCUCUCUCUCUUUUUUUUUUUUAUUUAAUUUUUUAUUUUUAUUUUUUUACUUUUUAUUUUUAUUUUUUUUAAACUGACAUGGCUCGUUAUAAUGGAGAGCUGGAACCGGUGUCUUCACCCAUUGCUGAUGUCUGAACAGACAAAGCCGUUGAAUAUGCAGUCUUUCCUCAGUCCGCCUUACUUAUGCAGUACAUGCAGCAGAGACAGUUAACGCUGGUCUCUCUCACACACACACACACACACACUCACACACACUCCAAAAUUGACACUUUCCACUCCUCUAUGUACACCUUGCACUCUACAUAUACUCCAUACAAAACCUUUGGUUUAUGCCUAUGAAUCAUACACACUUUUGUUAUAGUAUGCUUUUCCACACUGUUACACAUCCAUAAAGAUUUAUUUUUGCACAACCAUAUUCUCUCCCAUUAAUGUUCUGGCUCUACAAGACAACCAAACAGUUAUUUGUGCUCUAGACUGAAUUUUUAGUCAGAGCUUUAAGCACUUAAACAUAUCCUAAAUCAUAUAUAUAUAUAUAUGUACAUCAUAUAUAUAAUUUAUACAUCAUAAAUAUAAUUCAGAAGCAUAGGAAAGACUUGUGUAGACUUAGUAAUAUAAUCUGAUUUUUUUUCCUUGUCUUAAAUGAUCAAUUAAACAUAGUUAAGCAUGGCUGCUCAGUUGGAUGAUCUUGUGCUAUUAGUCUUUACAUGCCCAUGGCUCAUGUGAGAGACAGAAGGUUUUAGGUCAGUUUGAGCAUGUGAAGCUGCUCUCAAGAAUAUUAGAACACUUCCAAAAGCUGCAUAUACCACUUAACUGACAUGCAGCUCAUUAUAAAUCCAUUUCUAAUGGCUCUCUAACUGAAGAAUAUGUGCAAAUUGACCAAAAUAUAAUGUUAAUUAUUAUCAUAUUGUAGUUUUUGAAUAAUGUCAAUCUGAAGCAACGCUUUACAUUGAAUUACUAGUCACUCGCCUUAUUCCACUUGUUUGUUCUCAGUAUAUAUUGGGCCUGUAAGCUAUGUGUAUAUUCUCUGCACAAAAUUACAUUUAUGAAUAGUUUACUACUUGCCAUGAACAGACUACACAGCUUUGCUUGACUGAAGGGAUAAAUAGAAUAAAUAGUGCUUUUGGGUUUUUUUUUUUUGUUCUCCCCCCUCCCCUGGAGAAGUGUAUACAUGAAUUAGCUAGUGCUGGUCAGAAUUCCUCAUUAUUACACUCUAAGAUUACUUGAAAUGAUAGGACUCUAUAGUGAUAAAAAUGAGUGACGUGUCUAGAAGGAAUAGCUUUCUUGUAUAAACAAGGUAUUAUAUUAAAAAACUACAAUCGCUUGCUUUUUUUUGUCCAAAUGUAUUUUAUUUGAGCCAUUUUUUUAUUUUCAGCCUUCGUCAACUGUUGAUCUUGUCCUACUGUACUUUAACAGAUUGUGAUAUAUUGAGUGUAAUCCUCCAUUUAGACAUUUUUCGAUCUCUGUCCUUGAGAGUAAAAUAUUAAUCCUUGUCUGGUCAAAUGAAAAAACAAACUUACAUGUAAUAUGGUAGUAAGGUGCUUCCUAUGUAUGAAAUGUUCAAUCAUAUGCCAGUAUGCCAAAUUUUUUAAGCUCUGGUCUUUGAAUAUUUUUUUUUUUAUUAUUAUUUUUUUGGCUAGAAAAGUAUUUAAUUAGUACUGUUUGAUAUGUGAUGGGUCAACGCUUUAAAAAGGGUAAUUAACUGCAAAGGUGUCAAAUUACUUGGAGCAUAAGAACAACUGCCAGGAUGGUUCCCCCCCCCCCCCAAUUUGAUUGUGAAAUGUGCACAUUUUCAGACAUUCUUUUUUUUAAAUUUUUUUUUUUUAACAUUGUAUAUUUGUAGUAUUUUUUUUUUUCCAUGUAUGGGUUUGUAAAUGAAGGUUUAAGUGUGGUGUUUUCAUCAUUUGAUACUGAUCAUUGAUGAUUUAACUUGAUGGCAUGUUGUAGGGUGGUUAGCCUGGUGUUAAUUUAAGCCAUGGAGAACUGACACAGUUUUUCUCACAAAAGUACUUAUAACUACGGCGGUAGAAAGGAAUAAUCGGAAUAUAAGGAAUAUUGUGUUUUGUGAAUAAUGUAAUCAUAUCUUAUACAUUCA